CUCGGCUCAAACCGAACUGGAAUAAACGUAUAAAAACCCCAACUGCAAACUGAAAACCCUAGCUUAGCUCUUCCUCUAAACAAUGGCAGGCGGCAAAUUCAAGAAAGAAAAGGGGUCGUCUUCAUCAUCCAGAGCUCAGCCAUAUCAAGGGGGCAUUCAAUUUCACAAGUCAAAGGGUCAGCAUAUAUUAAAAAACCCGCUUUUAAUAGACUCAAUUGUUCAAAAAUCAGGAAUUAAGCCUACAGAUAUCAUUCUUGAAAUUGGUCCUGGGACUGGUAAUCUCACCAAGAAGCUUCUUGAAGCUGGGAAAUCUGUUAUUGCUGUUGAGCUUGAUUCUCGUAUGGUUCUUGAGUUGCAGAGGAGGUUUCAGGGGACCCCUUUUUCUAAUCGCCUAAAGAUUAUUCAAGGUGAUGUGCUUAAGGUUGAACUUCCGUACUUUGAUAUUUGUGUUGCAAACAUUCCUUAUCAGAUCUCUGCUCCUCUGACUGAUAAAUUAUUGAAGCACCGACCAGUUUUUCGAUGUGCAGUCAUAAUGUUUCAGAGGGAGUUUGCCAUGAGGUUAGUUGCUCAGCCAGGUGACGCACUCUAUUGUCGUCUCUCUGUAAACACUCAGCUUUUUGCUCGUGUUUUUCAUUUACUUAAGGUUGGGAAGAAUAACUUUAGGCCCCCUCCUAAAGUGGAGUCAUCGGUGGUUAGGAUCGAACCAAGGAAACCACUUCCUCAAAUGAAUUUCAAGGAAUGGGAUGGAUUGAUCAGAAUUUGUUUUAAUAGAAAGAACAAGACUAUUGGUUCUAUAUUUAAACAGAAAAGUGUGUUGUCCGUUCUAGAAAAGAACUACAAAACAUUGCAGGCAUUAAGAUUAUCAGAAAAUGGAUCAUUAGAGGAUACAGAAAUGCCAGUAGAUGUCCCAAUUUUGGCAGAGGCUGGUGAAGACCUAAGUAUGGAGGUUGAUGACGGAGAGGAUGAAGAUGAUGAGGAGAUGGAGGUAGAAGAUGUGGAUCAAAAACGAUCUGAUUUUAAGGAUAAAGUUAUUAGCGUGCUGAAGCAAGGAGGGUAUGAAGAGAAAAGAUCUUCCAAGCUUGCACAAGCAGAUUUCAUGCAUCUUCUUUCUUUGUUUAACAAGGCAGGAAUUCACUUUUCAUGAUUUCAAACUGAUGAGUCAAUUUUGCUUUCCUGUCGCAUCUUGUUUGGAACAACUUAUAUUCCAUAUUUACAUGACAUGGUUUUCUCAGUAAUUCGGAGUAGUAUAUAAUAUAAUUUCUAUCACUAGGCAUUGGUAUAUUAUUGGGGGGAGCACCAUUUGUUAUAUGUAAUUCACUGUACUUGUGAAGCUAAAGUAGCAACUUAAGGCUAUCUGUGACAAUAUUAUUUUCAGUUCUCUGACUGUUAAUUUUU